UGAUACGUAGAACGCGUAGGAGACGGUCAAAGGAUGAAAAAUAUGUAUUUUACCCCAGUUUAUUAUUGUAAGAGAAUUAAAAUAAAAUGGAAGUAAUGUAAAACGACGUGUGUUAACUUGACAAGGAUGCCAGUAGAUAUAAACAGAUUGACUGAAGGGUGGCUGGAACUGGAAAGUGACCCCGGAUUGUUUACACUACUUUUGGAAGACUUUGGAGUAAAAGGAGUACAAGUUGAGGAGAUUUAUGAUUUGCAGAAGUCGCUCGAAGGCCCUGUAUAUGGUUUUAUAUUUUUGUUUCGAUGGAUUGAAGAACGUCGUUCACGGAGAAAAAUUGUUGAUGAGAUAGACAGCUUUGUCAAGGAUGAAGAAGUUGUCAACAACAUAUUCUUUGCACAACAGAUGGUGCCCAACAGCUGUGCGACACACGCCCUCCUGUCGGUGCUGCUCAAUUGCCCCGACAUCCACCUGGGCGCCACGCUGAGCCGUCUCAAGGCGCACACCUCAGGAAUGUGCCCCGAGAACAAGGGUUGGGCCAUCGGCAACACUCCGGAGCUGGCCAAGGCACACAACUCGCACGCGAUGCCGCAGGCCAAGAGGCGCCUCGACAAGUCGUCGUCGUCCGGUGGGGUCAGCACGGGUCGCUACACUGGCGAAGCCUUCCACUUCGUCAGCUACGUCCCCAUCCACGGCAAGCUGUUCGAGCUGGACGGCCUCAAGCCGUUCCCCAUGGACCACGGCCCGUGGGGAGAAAAGGAAGACUGGACGGAGAAAUUCCGACGUGUGAUCACGGACAGGCUGGGCAUCACAGCGGGAGAACCGUACCACGACAUCCGCUUCAACCUGAUGGCGGUGGUCCCCGACCGGAGGAUUGCACUCACCCGCAAGAUCAAGAUGCUCAAGACCAACAGGCAAAUUGUGCUGGAAGCCUUGCAGCAGCUGGUGAAGCUGACACAGUCUGAGCAGCACCGACACCGGCAGCAGCGGGAGGAGGAAGGAGACGAGAAGCCGUCGGCAUCGGCAGUCACGGAGGACGAGGAGCGCGACGACGUGCCGGGUGGCGACGGAACCGACGGUGACGCGGAGGCAGACGGACUGUCGCCGGCACGCGACAGUGAGCAGUCCGGAGGCACCGACUGCAGCUCCCUGGAAGCUCCGGAGGGCAGCCCGGAGAAGGCCUCCGCCUCCCCCCAGCAGCGGCGGCAGCAGCGGCAGCAGCGGCAGCAGCAGCUGUGCCCACUCGACUAUUCGACGCCACUCACCAUCCAGAUAUCACCGGCACCCAGCAGCUCCAGCACCGACACCUCGUCCGAGGUUGGCUCCGCCUUCAACUCUCCCACACAAGUAUGCAACCUAGCGUAUAGUCCUCGAUUUAACAGAACAGGGUGGAGCUGGAACUCCGGGCAGAACAGCCCGACAUCUGCAAAGGACUUCAAGAAGUUCGUCGUCAUACGUGUGGGCGGGCCCAGCUCCGGAUCAUCCGAAGAGAAGAUGGACUCUCCCACAGGUAGCCGCGUCUCGCUGGUAGGUCCCGGCACAAAGCGGCCGUCGGGCGGUGGUGAUGCUGCGGUGCCGCCCGGCAAGAAGCUCUGCCCUGAAACUCCCGCUUCCUCGACCACCUCGCCCUCGUCUGCGUCGUCGACGCCUGCAGCUUCGCCCUCCCCUGGCCACUUCCCGGCUGGGUGCGGAGAGGUGCAGUCUGGGCCAGCUGACGGCACGUCAGUAGGGAGCGCUUCUGCAAUUGCCGCUACUGCUGUGGAGCACGAGAAAAAGGUGGAUUUGAAGAUGUGCAGCAAAUAUCCGGAGCUCUUUGAACCACAUAAAUUUGCACCAAAGGAUCUUCUCGCAUUACUUAAGAACUUGGAAAAUGAAAUUGGAGUGUGUGAGCUAAGUCUUCAAGAGGAAAAUGAUAAACGCAACAAGUACAAGGUGGACGACUGCCGGCGGACGCACAACUACGACGAGUUCAUCUGCACGUUCCUGUCAAUGCUGGCACAGCAGGGGCAGCUGGCGGACCUUGUGCUCCAGCACCAGGUGCAGCAGCACAAGAAGUCGCCGGCACCCGCUCGCACGCUCCAGAGGCCGCCCAAGAAGGUGGAGGCGACCACACCACCGACACCACCAGCUGCACGGCCAUCGCCAACUCGCCGCCGACGGGGGGCGCGCCAAGUACCGCCGGCGCAAGUGAGUGGCGGGGUGGCGGCAGGAUCGGGCUCGCACCUGGAGGCAGCGAGUGGGCGACCCGCAGCUCGUCGGAGUCACUACUCCGGUGCUGACACUCUACUCGAGAGGCGUUCCGUGGGAGUGCUCUGCGGGACGCCUCCUACGUGACCGCCCACAUUGUCGUGCCUGUCUGUCGACUCUGCCUCGUGCAAUUCGAUAAAUCUGUAUAGGCACAUAAUGUAAAAUUAAGUUUGUUGUUUUGUGUCAUUUGUAUCAAUUUUCUUGAUGUACGGCUGACCUUAAUGCUUUAUUUUGUACUAGUUUACUUUAAAUUUGUGGAAGACUGCGUAUUUAUUUGAGCAUCUGUAAGUGGUCUGUAGUUAAUUUCUGUGAGAAUGCACCAGUUGGUGACAGUUUGCAGUAGUGUGUAUCUUAUAUGGUUAUCGAAUUCUCACAUUUCCAAAAUGUGCCCCUUUGAUGGUAUAUACUUUUGUUGUAAGUGACAGAAUAUGGGGAAGAGUGACUGAAGUGAAAUAAAGGAGGGGGAAGGGAGGCAAUAUUUGCAGGCAUACUCGAGCAUUUGGCAUCACUAACUGCAUUAAUAUCAGUCAUUAACUAUCGUUGCCAGAGUGUACCGGUGGUUUGGGUUUUGUCAGUGACUUCAUUAGUUUUUUAAAAGUUGAGAUCUCAGUUUUGAGUAACUAACAGUUUUGUGUGGCUUCUCUGUGCAGUCCUGCAUUCCAGCUUCACAUAUCAAUUUAGCUACCCUAUUUAGUCCACUGUGAAAUUAUUGUUGCCACAGAAUUGACAGUUAUUUGUGAACUUGGAACAAACAGAAAUGGAAUGCUAUGUUUAAUCAUUCCCUUCUGUUCCACCGGAGAGAGUGAGAUGUCACAGUGUUUACGGCCUCCUUCUUACCCUUUUUUUGGGGGGGGGGGGGGGGGGGUGCCGUCUGCUGGGUUUCAUACGGUUCCCUAUAAUCACUCGAGAUAAAUGUCUGGCCAAUUCCCGCGCCUAGUGACCUCACCUUGAGGAGGAGGACGCUAAAUUCUCACUGUCCCACAUGUGCCCUUAACUCAUGGUUGUGUACCUGGCAGAUGCUGCCAGUAUAAAAAGUUCUCAUAUUUGUCAGUGGUAGCUGUGUAGCAACGUGAAAGAUAAAGAUGUAUACGAACAUGUAUUGGUAUGACUGUACAGAGACUUACCCUGUGCCCAACCCAGACGGUACUCACAUAGUAACUACAAGUUUCUGGUAAGUAGCCAACUGAGAGUUACUCUGUUAGUAAAUUAAGCUCUAUAGUCAUUACCUCCUUAGCUUACACCACCAUUUUAAAUGUUGUAUUAUCGGCAGUUUCAUUACUUUGCAUUUUGUAAUAAAUGCUGUAGUUCUGCGCACUCAGACAAUAGCAAAAUUACAUGUAUGUUUAUAAACUGACUUUAGUCUAAUUACAACAGGAAAUAAGGCAUUUGUGAAUAGAGAGAGAUCUUUCAAGUCCUAGAACAAUAUUAGAUGUGUUACCUUCGUGUGUAAAUGCAGUUUUUUAGUUACAGAUCACAGAAGCCAAGAAUUUAGGAAAUCUCACAGACACACAGUACCGAAACGUUUGAUACAGUUUGAAGGUCUGAUAAUGUUAGUUUUGAGCAACUCAUUCAGAACAUCACAUGUUAGCGGUGUAUUAAUUUAUAUUUGUUAGCACUCAAAUCCCUGUUGUUACUGGAAGCGGCUGAGCUGGAUAUUAUAUAAAAGCAAUUAGUUUAAGAUUUAAGAGUAUUUAACAUCAUUCCAGUGUUGUAGAGCUAAAUUUCAUGCUGAUGAUUGUUUAUUUUUAUUGUCUGUUGAUCGUAAAAUAAAGAAUUUUAUA